CUCGACUCAUUACAACUCGUUAACAUUUCAUUCACCGCGGCAACGGCACUCCGGCGAUCCCGACGUCCAUUUGCUCCCGUCGUAUUUCGUGCCUGGAACGCGAUCCUCCUUUAUCCAAAGUUCCGAGUGGGGUCGCGCGGCGGGCGGCGGCGGCGUGAACUUCUCGCCGGGCUACAAAUUAGGUGCUAAAUGGCGCGAAACGGUUCGUUGCAGUACUCAGGAGGAUAUUGCUGCGAUGUAUCGCAUUACCGGGACGCGAUUCCACUCGGGGGCACGGUCGUAUCGUUGGCAAGGCCAGCGACUCCGCCGCCGCCGCCGCCAUCGCCAUCGCAGCCGACGAGGGUAGCGAAGAAGAAGAGGAAGAAGAAGAAGAAGAAGGAGGAGAAGAAGAACACAGCAGAAUGGCGCAAGGUGGUGAGUAGUAACAGGAAUUGCGUACGUGUUUGAUAACACGGCCGGCGAUACUCGGCGGGCUUAGGGCUUACCGCGGGAUAAAUCAGAGGCGGCCGCAGCUCCGCGUUGGAAAUCGGCGGCGAAGGUAAAUUGGUCGGUUCGCGCCGACUAAUCUAGAACUAAAUUAAGCAAGAGGGACUGGGAUUUCUCCUCGCCGAGCGCUUCCCCCGCCGCGCCACCCCCUGGAGGAGGGCAAGCCGCGGCAUAUGGAAAGAAUUGACCCCCGCGUCUCGCCGGUAGCGACAAUUUCUCGGGGAACUUUCCGCCCUUACGUCUUCCAGCGUAUUCAAUUAGAGUCGGGCAAUAU